AUGGGUUUUGCAAUCACUUGUCCUGGUCAAGGUGUAUUAAAAAAUUGUUUAUUAAAACCUUAUUUGAGAUUUCCAAUUAAAAAUAUAUUGAAUGAUGUUAAUGAAUCAUUGGGUUAUGAUUUUACACGUCAAUUGAUUGAUAAUGAUGAACUUUGGCUUAAGAACACAGCUAAUGCUCAACCAGCUAUAUUUACUAUAACUUACUUAAUAGCUAAUAUUUGUACCCAACAUUUGGGAUUGAGAUUAGAUAAAGCUUCAGUAAUACUAGGUCAUUCACUAGGAGAGUAUUCAGCUUUAUGUUUAAAUGGUACUUUAAGUCUAUCUACUACCAUAAGAUUAGUUACUUUACGAGGGAAAUUGAUGGAAAAACUUCAAAAUGAUCGAUAUGGAAUGAAGAUAUUAAUGCUUAGACCUGAUAAGUUUGAUAAAAUUCAAGAAUAUUGCUUACAAAAAGAAGUUUUGGCAAAUAUCAAUAAUCAUCAACAAAUCACCAUUUCUGGAUUUAAUGAAAAACUCGACCAAAUUAUCCAAGACUUGAAAUCCAAAAAGCUCAUAAUGAGAAGUACUGAAUUACCAGUGAAAAUCCCAUUUCAUAGUCCACAAUUAUCAGUAGUUGAACCUGAAUUACUGAGAUUCUUAGAUUCUGAACCUAUAAACCCAUCUACUUUCCCUUUAAUAACAAAUCUAACAGGGGAAAUGUCCCAUGAUAUCAACGAUACCAUAUCUGUAAACUCCAAACCUGUCAAUUGGGUUAAAUCAAUAAAUCUGUUACAACAAUUGGAGAUUUCCGAUAUCAUCAACCUUGGACCUUCACAAGUUCUUUACAAUCUAAAUAAGAAAUUUCCUUAUCAAAACCAUAUUCUAGAUGAACUUACGUCAUCAGAAAUCACAGCCGUACAAUCGAUUCUUUCAUAA